AUGGCGACCUAUCCUGCCAUUGCUCCUUCAGAUGGGCUCUUUCUCAGGUGCACUCAUACGUGCUUUCUCAGCUCUAAGGUGCAAAGCCCAUAUGCUGAAACUCUAGAACCGAGAAGAAGUGCACUUCAGGAUGAUUUUGAGGAAGAAGAGGAAGACAAGGAGGAUGCCCACAGCCUGACACUUUAUUCAGAGUAUAUGACCAGCAGGUUUACCUUUCCUAUUAUUCCAAUGCUUCAUUCAACAAAUUGCUUUCAACAACAACAACAACAACAACAACAAAUUGCUUUCAUAUCUUUAGAUUUGUGGUUCUUGCUACAAAAUAACAAAAUGCGUCAAUUGUGGGCCACUGAAUUUUGGGGGCAGUUCCUUCAUGUUAUAGCGGACUUGCAACCAUGGGGAUUCAUAUACACACUUGGCAGCAUUACUUUACUAGAUAAGGGUUCUCUUUUUAAAAGGAAGGCGAAUUGCGCAACAGGGGUGAUUCUGUUCUCUGGACCAUUGGUGAUUCAGGGAAUGCACUUCGACAUUUUGCAGGAGGGUGCUUGA